GGGGCCGGUUGGCGGCGGCCCCGGGGGCGGCGGCGGCGGCGGGAUGAGCCGGCCCUGGCGGGCGCUGCAGGCACUGCGGGCGCGGCUGCUGGGUCCCGCCAAGGAGCUGGUGGGCACCGACCAGUUCGGCAACAAGUACUACCGCGUGCCCAAGCACGAGACCCGCGCAGGUCAGAUUAUACCAGAAAGAAGAUUUGUAGAAGCAAUAAAUCGUCAAGCAUAUCAGUAUGAAGUGGGUGACUUUCCAACAGAAUGGGAAGCAUGGAUAAGAAAAAAAAGAAAUGAUCCACCUACAAUUGAGGAGAUUCUGAAGAAUGAAAAUUACAGAGCAGAAAUGAAACAGAAAAUCAAAGAUGUGUCUGAAAAGGAUAAGCUGCUGCAGGCCAAGGAAUACAAGGAGGGACUUGUUGCUGAACCAGUUCAUACUCGUGUUAAAGGCCAUGCAUCAGCCCCUUACUAUGGAAAGAAAGAACCUUCGCAGGAUCCAACAAGCACUGCAAGCACCUUUCAGCCAGGUUCCUGGAUGCCACCAGGCAGUGGUAGUAGUCAAAAUAAAUAAACAAUUGUAAUGUACAGAUACUGGUAAUAGAUAAAUAUUUUAACAGACAAUAUAAACAGCCAUUGUAUAUGAGUGUGCAAUAAAGUAAUAUUAAAGCAGUUUAA